GUCAAUCUUCUUCACAUUUUAGAGCGAGAGAAUGAUACUUUUUUAGAGAGAGAGAGAAAAAGUAGGCAAGAAAGACGGUCACUGACUGAAAUAAAGAUCACUCACUCUCAUACAAGAGAUCUCAUCCCCCGAUCUUUCCUUCCUUCCUCCGCCGCCGGUAGUUCUCAACUUUCUCUGAUACAAUGGGUGCUUCUGGGAGAUGGAUUAAAGCAUUAGUUGGUUUCACCAAAUCUGAUAAGUCAAAGUCCAAAAAGAAGGAUGAUAAUGUGAAGAUUGCAACCAAGAGCCGGUUUGGGAGAAAGCAUUCAGUUGAUUUUGAUGCUGAAAAGUUUCAAGAUGGGUUUGAAGAUUCCAAUAUGCACAGCAUGAUAGAUACUGGAGUCUCUACUUCAACUUCAAUGCAAUCAUAUGGUGCAGCUUAUGAAGAACAAAGGAAGGAACAUGUGGCUGCAACGCGGAUUCAAACAGCUUUUCGAGGGUUUUUGGCUAGAAGGGCUUUAAGAGCAUUGAAGGGAUUGGUUAGACUUCAAGCCCUCGUCAGAGGACACGCGGUGAGAAAGCAAGCUGCUGUAACGCUUCGAUGCAUGCAAGCGUUAGUCAGAGUUCAGGCUCGUGUACGCGCCAGACGUGUUCGUCUAGCUUUGGAAAGUGAAUCGGGUCCGCAGAUCCUUCAGCAACAGCUUGCAGAUGAAUCCAGAGUUCGAGAAAUUGAGGAAGGUUGGUGCGAUAGCAUUGGUUCUGUUGAACAAAUCCAAGCCAAGAUACUAAAGAGGCAGGAAGCUGCAGCUAAGCGUGAGAGGGCUAUGGCAUAUGCUUUGACUCACCAGUGGCAAGCAGGAACUCGGCAGUUAUCUGCGCACAGUGGUUUUCAACCUGACAAAAACAACUGGGGAUGGAACUGGCUAGAAAGAUGGAUGGCUGUUCGUCCAUGGGAGAACCGGUUUCUUGACAGUAACCUCAGGGACGACACCAUAUUAGCUGAAAACAAUAUGGAGCAGUCUGAGAAUGUGCAUAAAACUCAGAUGAAAAGUGCAAACAAGAUGCCAAACACCUCAAAUCUUGCGUCUGGUGUUUCGAGUCAGAAGGUAACCGGGCCAUCUUUGUCGGAUGGUAAUUCCUCUUCACCUGGAAUAUCUUCAAGCAUGCCAGUGCCAGUGGUGUCCAAGGCUAAGUCAAAGCUCGCUAAAGAUGAUCUUGCUGUAGAAGUUAACGCAAGACCGGGUGCUGGUCCAAGAUCACAGAGCAAUCCAAAAGAAAGAUCAAGAGGGCCAGAUAGAGCUUCAAAGGAACGUUUAUCUCUGCCAAACAAUGGAAAAUCUUCAGGAUCUCAGUCAGCUAAAGCCAAAUCUGCCCAAAGCCAGGGAAGACGCAACUCAGACCCAAUAAAACAGAGGCAUGCAUAGCUAUGCUAGUCUCUUCUGAAAAUCGUCAGCUCUCUCAUCGUUCCUGUACAUACACAGCUACUGGAAAAGGAAACAAAAAGAAAAAAGACAAUAUCAUGUGAGAACACCGUGGGUUUCAUUCAGACUUGAGAAGAGUUGCUUGGUUUCAUUGAUCAAGAAGAGAACACCAUCAUCUUGGCGCCUUUCUGCCUUCAUUGUUGUUUGUUAUUUAUGUCAGCGAUCUUUUUGUCCAUGAUUCUCUGGGGAUUCUUAUAUGGAUUGGUAAGUAGUGUUAUUAUUCAAGUAGAGUUGUUUGUGGGUAUAUCUUGUGAGAAAGUUUUUUUGUUGGGAGAACGAACCAUGCUUCUCAUGGCCUUCCCAAUGUGAUAUAUAUAUAGUGUGUUGUAUUGGUAUAAGUUUGAUUUUUUCAGAGUGAUAAUAUCAUCAUUAUUAUAACGUAUCAC